UAGAAGAUAGAAGAAGGUGGAAGAACUCGUCCCUUAAUCAUGAUUUCACAGAAGCCAUAACCUUCACAGUAACUGAAGUGAAGUUAAACUGCAGAUGGAUUAGUGCCCCUGGAAAACAUGGAUGCGUUUGAGGGUCUCCACAGUGUCCGGCUGUCCUUCUCUCCACCCCUCGCCUCUGUCACCAAUCCAGGGUAUGAGGUUCUAGUAUCAGCCAGAUCUGGUAUCCAGGUAUACUCCAACACCACGUUCUAUGGUAAACCCAGUGUUCUAGAGCAGGCUCAGAAGAGAGGGAGAGCCAAAUAUCACUCCUACCGAGAGGAGACUAAAGAAGAGAGGUGUGAGGUUGGAAGGUUGGUAGACCUGGAGCCAGGUCCAAUCCCCAGGGUGGAGGGUGGAGGGCAGGGUGACCCCAGGCCCACCAGGCCCCAGGAGCAGGGUACCCAGGCCAGGGACAGAGAGGACAGCAGGCUGGAGCGUGCUGCCCAGCUGGAGGGUGCCCGGGGCGGGGAGCAUGAAGACAAUGUGUCCCGCCUCCGGAGCUCUUCCCUGGAGAUCAGGGAGAAGGGAUCAGAGAUCCUCAGAGAGCAGCUAGAUGCUGCACAGAAGGAGCUGAAGCUGAAGGAUAAGGAGUGUGAGCGUCUGUCACAGAUCCGGGAUCAACUAGAGCAGGAGUUGGAGGAGCUAACUGCCAGUCUGUUUGAGGAAGCUCACAGGAUGGUGCGUGAAGCCAACGUGAAACAAGCGACAGCAGAGAAACAGCUGAAGGAGGCUCAGGGAAAGAGUGAUGUUCUGCAGGCGGAGGUGUCAGCCCUGAAGACCAUGGUCCUGACCUCCACCCCGUCUUCCCCUAACCGCCGGGCCCACCCUCAGCUCCUCUCCCCGGGCACUAGGUCCAGGGGUGCCAGCCCCCACCAUGGAGGGGGACACGCACGCAACAAGAGUGCCAGUGGUGCCCUCCCAUUGGCCCCUGGUGGGCACUCAGACCUGCCCUCUGACCUGCAACCAGUCAGAGAGGACAAAGAGCCUACUGUUCCUGUGCUCCUCUUGCUGAUUCUAUGUCUGGUUCCAGGUCACUCUGUCUCUGUGACCUAUGAACCCUACUGGGCAGAGCAGGGGGAGAGGCCACGGUCUCUCAGCCGCCAGAUGGACAGCAUUCUGUAUGCAGAGUUCUUGACCUGGAAAAACAGACCUAGUCUGGACAGAAGUUCAGCCUUCCUGGUGCGGAUAUACAGGGAGGACAUCGGCCCCUGCCUCUCCUUCACACGAUCUGAGUUGUCUCAGUCAGUCCAGAGUGCAGUGGAGAACAACUCUCUAACCAUCGAGCCGGUGGCCAUGUCAGCUUUAUCCAUGGUCAGAGCCAACGCCAUAGAGUGUGGCGGGCCCAAUGGCUUGAAGGCAGCAGUAGAGAUGAAGUGUGCGUUGAGCGGCAUAUCCCGGUCCUGUAAGCACCAAAUCAAACUGGGUGACGAAGAGAGUUACUACUAUAUCUCACCCUCCAGCAGGGCACGGAUCACAGCCGUGUGUAACUUCUUUACCUAUAUCCGCUAUAUCCAGCAGGGCCUGGUCAGACAUGAUGCGGAACAGAUGUUCUGGGAGGUGACACGUCUACGGAGGGAGAUGACUGUGGCCAAGCUGGGCUUCUACCUCACAGACCAGGAAUAGGAGGACAGAUGGGAGGAGAUGUCACCGUAGACCUAGGUCGUGUUUAUUAGGGCACACCGGAGCAAAACGUUUAAAAAUGUUGUGCAACGGACAAUGAAAAUGAGCUAAUUUCUUCCUCUUCGUGCUCAGUGAACACGGCCCAGGGUUAAAAGACAGGAGUCACCAAUCAACUGUACGAUUUGAGAGUCAGAUCACCUGUACCGGUUUCACACUGUCGGAACAACCCGAACUGAACUGGGCUGGCUUGGUUUGGCUCAGUAGUGUGAGAAGCCCUCAGAAGGACAUGUGGGACACAGAAACCGGAUGGAGGCUUCAGGAGAACUAUGUUGCUCACUUUUCAUUCACACAGUGCCAUAUACCCUCCAGUACUGCGGCAUUACCCCUAGGUGUUGUCUCCUCUCUCCUUAGAACCACCCAUGUCUCCUCUCUCCUUAGAACCACCGUGGUCUCCUCUCACCUUAGAACCACCGUUGUCUCCUCCCUCCUUAGAACCACCGUUGUCUCCUCCCUCCUUAGAACCACCGUUGUCUCCUCUCACUUUAGAACCACCGUUGUCUCACUUUAGAACCACCGUUGUCUCCUCUCUCUUUAGAACCACAGUUGUCUCCUCUCUCUUUAGAACCACAGUUGUCUCCUCUCUCUUUAGAACCACAGUUGUCUCCUCUCUCUUUAGAACCACAGUUGUCUCCUCUCUCCUUAGAACCACUGUUGUCUCCUCUCUCCUUAGAACCACUGUUGUCUCCUCUCUCCUUAGAACCACUGCAGCAAACCAGACCACCUCUUACUUUGCCUUAACCUUGAUAGAUUCUCGCAGUACAUUGUAAAUGCCUUGCAUGGCUUAUACAGAACAUAUGUCUGUAGUUAGAAUGGGUUAUAGAAGGGCAGGGAUUUACUCUGAAAAUAGCUGCAUUUAGGCUGUUUAGUACUAACCAGUUCAGAAAUAGUGUGUACACAUCCUGUUACAUUCAGGUACUUCAGUUAAAUAAAGAAUCAGAUUCACUUUAUUUGCCAAGAACAUUUACACAUACCCAGAUGAAUAGGAGCUGCCACUUUUGUGCUGCGACUUGCAGUUACACGGUACCAGAAAUACAAGUUCCUGAACGAAAUGCCUAUUCAGUCUUCUCAAAUAUCCUCGUCUUCACUCUGGAUGCUGUGACAGUUUUAGCAAUGACUUCUCCUAGAAACAGAGGUUACAGUCAUUUGUUAUUUAACGUAAUGGAAUAAUAAACCAACCAUGGAUGAUUAAGCAA